GUCUGUGCUUUAUAUCGCCGUGCCAGCCUUUCAGAGCGACGGAGAGCAGCACUGGCUGGCUGAGAGAGGGAGAGAGAGAGAGAGAGAGAGAGAGCUUAUAUAACACCAGCUCUGGGAAAUGCUGGAGAGCCGAGGAGACCUUCACUGGACAGUAAGCGGGGGAAACAGCGAUCAUAACGGCUAUAAACUGCUAAGUGAUCGCACGACGCAGGGAUGCCGUACCACUCCACCGCUGAAGCUUCUCCCCAAGGAUCAUCCUGGAGUCAGUGGCCGCAGCCUUGGACAUUAAAUCCCUCUCUGUUGUAACGCAUCCAUUGUUCCACUGCUGCUAUUGGACUCUGUGGCGAUGAAGGAACAAGACACAAUGUCUACAACAUUGCCAGAUGCUGCAGGUGUUUCCCAGAUUAGGAAGUUGUAAGUAGGUUACAGAUCUUCUCACUCUUAAUCCAUGAAAUGGCCUUCCACUGAGGUGAGACAGUAAACAGAAUGGUGGCGCCCCUCUACAGACUGCACUGCUUCUUGAAGCGGGCUCAGAUGCUGCUGCUCUGCCUGGGCAUCGCCUAUCUUAUGGCAGGCAGCAUCUUGCUCCUGCAGCGCUCCAGCAUCAGAGUAGCCCAGUCAAACCUUGCCAGCCUGCCGCCCCUGCUGUCCCUCGCAGCGCCUCCUACCGCCCUCAGGACUGCAGGCCUGGGCGUGAGGGCACGCUCCAGAUGGGCCGCCAUUCAGCCUGUGUCCGGAGGGGGAGCCAAGGCAGGGCGACACUGGCCUGCUUCCCAAAGCCUGGGGGUCCAACACUUGCAUCGCCGCUGGUUUCACAGUCUGCUGCCAGAGAGUCCAGAGCAGAAAGUCUCUCUCCACAGGAGCAGCAGACAUAAAGGAACCUACAUCGGUUGUUUUCUGCACAAUGCCAGUGAUCGAGCCCUGGGAGGAACCAUGCUUUAUGACCUGCGCAAAAUGACCAGUUCUCUGUGUCAAGACACCUGCUCAGAAAGUGGGUACCAGUUUGCAGGUCUGGAUUAUGGUGCUGAAUGCCACUGCGGGAACCGGAUCAGUAGCCCACGGGCUCCUGAGGAGGAUUGUAGUCUGGUGUGUCGGGGUGAGAGGGGGUCUCCCUGUGGCGGCGUGGGCCGACUCUCCAUUUACAAGGUGGAGGAGCAGCUGCCAGGUCACAGAAAAUUCAGAAAUGUUCACUACCGCGGUUGCUUCAAGCUGCCGAAGAGCACCAUCAGCACCUUCCCCAUCUACUCCUUUCAGCCCAACCUAACCACACAGUCCUGCAUCGAGACCUGCACAGAUAAGGAGCUCCCCCUGGCUGUGUUCAAGAAGCCCGACUGUUUCUGUACGUGGACAUCCUCUCUUUUCAGUCUCAACCAGCAGUCUGAGAACCAGCAGUGUGUGGGGAACACUGGUCUGAACCACACCAGCACCUCCACACCCACAGCACCCACUCAGCAUGACCACUACCAGGUGUAUCACACACCUGUGCUUGACUCCAGGUGCAAAGAGAGGAUGUUUCUGCCUCAGAGAUCCAGCUCCCUGGUGGCUCUUUCUAGUUUUCCUGGUGCAGGCAACACCUGGGUACGGCACCUGAUCGAGCUCGUGACCGGCUACUACACUGGCAGCUUCUAUUUCGAUGGCACAUUGUACAACAGAGGUUUCAAAGGAGAGAAGGACUACUGGAAGAGCGGCCGCAGCAUCUGCGUAAAGACCCACGAGAGUGGUCAGAAAGAGAUUGAGAUGUUCGAUUCUGCCAUCCUGCUGAUUCGAAACCCUUACCGCUCCCUCAUGGCUGAAUUCAACCGCAAGUGUGCCGGACAUUUAGGACACGCCACAGAUGUACAGUGGAAAAGCAAAGAAUGGCCAGAAUUUGUCUCCAGCUACGCCCCCUGGUGGGCGUCCCACGCUCUGAGCUGGCUGAAGUUUGGACGCCGCCUGCUGGUGGUGCAUUACGAGGAGCUGCAGAAGGCUCUUCUCCCUCAGCUCCGUGUCAUCACAGCCUUUCUAAACAUCACUAUGACUGAGGAGAGGCUGCUUUGUGCACAAAGCAACCAGGACGGGCAUUUCAAACGCUCGGGGGCCCAGCAGCCCUCCUUCGACCCAUUCACUCCUGACAUGAGACAGAUGAUUGACCCCUUCAUUCAUACUGUUGACCAGGCACUGCAGAGCAGGAACUUUAGCAGACUUCCACAAGAAUACCUCCCCAGAUGAUGAUCUAUAAAUGUCAUACACAUAGUCCUUUAAAUGACUGGUCCAGCAGGGCUUUGCGAGAGAGAAGUUCUUCACCGAGUGCUCUGUGGGGAACAGACACACACUGGCUGAUGUAAGUGGACCACCUGACUCUUUGAUAAACCAGACGCACUGUGAAUGGCUGAAGAGUCGUGGAAACACACAGGAGGUCACUGGAGAAAACAUGACAAUGCUUUGUGAAAUCCAAUGGUGAACAGUGAUGAAAGCCUCGGGCAGGGACUGCCUCUCUGAGAGCCGCAAAUGUGACGAAUACUCUGAGAGGAUUUGACAUGAUUUGUUGGCCUGCAGAGUUGGGAUUAUCUAGCAAAGUGCCCGACUGCACAAAUUUGAGUGUGUAAAUCCAGGAUGGAUUCAUUUUGAUUGAGGAGGGUUUUCUGUGGGUCUUUAUAAUUUCACUUUAAUACAUAUAUUGUGUAUUUAGCAUACACCCAUGUUAAUAAAAAUUACAAGUCAUACUAACACAGAUGACAACCACAGCAUUAGCAUUACGCUGGUUGCUGCAGGUUUGCAAUACUGAUGGAUAAAGCCUCAAAGCUGCUACAUGUGGCUGUAAGAACUCUCCAUGCAACUAGUUUGACUGUACAUGAACUCUGAAAUAUGUUUUGUGAUUUAUGCUUUAAACUGUAAAUGAAAUCCAGCUGUUUCUACGAGUACUUUAUUUCAUUAAAUGCAUUCAGUUGUUUA